CAGGUUAAAAGAAAGUGAAAAGGAAAUUGCAUUACAAAAUCAAAACUGGAAGGUACUGGAUGCAGCUGUAUAUCUUGUCCUCCCCUUUCCUGGGCCCUGGGGAAAAGGUGUAACUUUCUUUCCGUGAAGCAAACAAAUCAGCUUCAGACUUGACUACCAUCUGGAAUCUAAUCGUGAGUGAAGUGCAUCUGCACACCCUUACAGCAAGUUCUAAAGGAAACUAAUUUCAACAGUUAGUGUUAGGUAUGGAGGGCUGUGUGUCUUCCUUCACUAGCCGUAUUCUUGACCAAAAAAGACUUCAGGUGCUUGAUGUGAGCCUCAGUCUCCAAGCAGCUUGAAACUGGGAUCUUUCAUUCCUAAACAAGAGUCACAUCAGAUCUCUCCUUCUACUCCUGUGCAAGGACUUCUUGAAGAACUAUGAACAGGUCAAGACACAUGGGAAAGAUCCAGAAGCGACUGGAGGAGGUAAAGAACUUGUCAUUCCGAGUGGCCAAACUGGAUUUCAGUCACAACGAAAGUGUGCGGCUAGCCACAGAUGCUCUCUUAGAUGGUGGUCACCCAGCCUACCUCAAGGCCUUGGAGGAUGAGGGAGAGGUGGACUUCCUAUCCACAGUGGAAGCCCAGUACAUCAAGAGGAACGCAAAGGAGCCCUACUAUUCGAGUGACGGAGAAGUUGGGCCCAGGCAGAAUAAUGAUGCCAGGUCCCUUCAGUCAGGAACAUAUUUUCCUCUCGUCUCUGAGAACAGCGAACCGGCUCUUCUUCACACCUGGAGCACAUCUGAAAAGCCCUAUCUGAAGGAGAAGUCAAGUGCUACUGUCUACUUCCAGACAGAUAAGAACAGCAACAUUAGGGACUUGAUACGGCGUUGCAUCAACAAGACCUCCCAGGUAUUAGCCAUCCUCAUGGAUGUCUUCACGGAUGCUGAGAUAUUCUGCGAUAUCUUGGAAGCAGCCAACAAGCGGCAAGUGUUUGUCUACCUCCUGCUUGACCACAGCAACCUAAAGCUCUUCACUGAGAUGUGUGACAAGCUGCAUGUCUCAGAGGGAUAUUUUAAGAACAUUUCUGUGCGAAGCGUUACCGGUGAAGUUUACUGUGCCAAAUCGGGUCGAAAAUUCUCAGGACAAAUCCAAGAGAAAUUCAUCAUCUCGGACUGGAGAUAUGUUCUGUCUGGAUCAUAUAGGUAA